AUGAGCUACGCGGCGGCCUAUCAAGCCGAUCGCUGGCGUCACUCCCUUCGCCUCGGAGAUGUUCUCGUUUCCAACCACCCUGUCGCCAGCGGAUGCCAUCUUCCCAACAUGACGGUGAUCUCGCCAGUCAUUGACGAAGACACCCAGCAAGUCCUCUUUUGGACGGCUUCUCGGGCUCAUCAUGCCGACAUUUCUGCCGCUUCCAUGUCGCCGCAUUCAGAGGAGAUCUGGCAAGAGGGCGCUUCCUUCUUGUCCUUCACGCUAGUCGACGGGGGCAGAUCCAACGAGGAAGACCUUGCGGGGAUCAUGUUCAAGAAGCCAGCGUCUUAUCCAAGACUCGUCCAAGACUCGAUCAAGGAGUACGGUCUGCUGACGGUUCAAGUUAGCGCUAAAUACAUGCUCGGAAUCCAGGACAAUGCCGAGAAGGCAGCCGAGGACCAAAUGAACGACGGCUCGAAGCUCAAGUUCAAAAUCUGCGUCGACCGCAACAAAGAUUCUGCGGUCUUUGACUUGACAGGGACCAGUCGAGAGACGUAUGGUAAUCUCAAUGCGCCGCGGGCCAUCACCUUCAGCACCAUCAUCUACGUAUCGCGUUCGCUGGUCAAGGAGGACACUCCAUUGAAUCAGGGUUGCCUGGCACCGAUCAAUGUCAUCAUACUCCCGAAACUAUGGGCUUCUCCUUCGCUGGGUGCUGCUACUAUCGGCGGGAAUGUCGAAAUGUCGCAGGGGGUUACGGACGUGCUGUUGAGGGCGUUCCAAGCCGCGGCGGCCAGUCAGGGAAAAUGCAGCAACUUGACGUUUGAGUACGAAGAUGAGAUGGUCGACGGGCAGGCGAAGCCAGGGUUUGGGUACUAUGAGACCAUCGCAGGCGGCGUCGAACCACCGAUCUGGAGUCUUUUAAGGCAUCGGUUCCUGUGCAUCCUCCGCGAGUUCGGCAUCUGGCGAGGAUUGGGCGGGCGAGGCAAUUAUGCUGGCGGCGACGGGUGCGUUCGAGACAUGGAGUUCCGCCGGGAUUUACACGUCAAUAUGCCGAGUGAGAGGCGGACGAUGUCUGCCUAUGGUCUAGCUGGAGGUGAGCCUGGAGCUCUCAGGGAGAAUAUCUGGGUCCGGCAUGACGAGUACGGGACGCGGGAGAUCAAACUUGGCGGGAAGAAUCGCAGCGAGAUGAAGAAGGGAACUCGGAUCAUCAUCAAUGAAUUUCGCUAG